CUUCUAAGAGGAUAAAAAGAGGAAAAGGGGGAAAUCAGGCUGUACUUACGCGGAGCAAGAUGAGCAUCGCGCCGGAUGAGAGCUCGGUGCGCGUGGCCCUGAGGAUUCGUCCUCAGCUGGCCAAAGAAAAGAUCGAGGGAUGCCACAUCUGUACGUACGUGAUGCCUGGCGAGCCCCAGGUGGUGCUGGGUAAGGAUAAGGCCUUCACUUAUGACUACGUCUUCGACAUGGACACCCAGCAGGAUGCCAUCUACACCCACUGCACAGAGAGCCUCAUCGACGGCUGCUUAGAGGGCUACAACGCCACCAUCUUCGCUUACGGACAGACGGGUUCGGGGAAGACCUACACCAUGGGAACCGGCUUCAACGUGGACGAGGACCAGCCGGGUAUCAUUCCCCGGGCCGUCAACCACCUGUUCAAGGGGAUCGAGGAGCGCAGACAGGCCGCCACCGAGCAGGGCAAGCCGGUGCCCGAGUUCAAGAUCAACGCGCAGUUCCUGGAGUUGUACAAUGAAGAGGUGCUGGACUUGUUUGACUCCACUCGAGACAUCGAGGCGCGGAAGCAGAGGUCCAAUGUCAAAAUCCAUGAGGACGCCAACGGGGGCAUCUACACCGUUGGGGUCACGACCCGCACCGUGACCUCUGCAGCUGAGAUGAUUCAGUGUCUAAAGCUGGGCGCUCUGUGUCGAACCACCGCCAGCACCCAGAUGAACGUCACGAGUUCACGCUCGCACGCCAUCUUCACCAUCCACCUGUGCCAAGUCCGAGUCUGCUCUCCAGAUAAUGACGAUAACGUGACGGACAAUCGUCUAGCUAACGACUCAGAUAUCAAUGAGUUUGAGACGCUGACGGCCAAAUUCCACUUUGUGGACCUGGCUGGCUCCGAGAGACUGAAGAGAACUGGAGCCACAGGAGACCGAGCCAAAGAGGGCAUCUCCAUCAACUGUGGGCUGCUCGCCCUGGGAAACGUCAUCAGUGCUCUGGGAGACCGGAGUAAACGCUCCACCCAUGUGCCUUACAGAGACUCCAAACUGACACGGCUGCUGCAGGACUCGCUCGGUGGAAACAGUCAAACUGUGAUGAUCGCCUGCAUAAGCCCGUCGGAUCGGGACUUCAUGGAGACGUUGAACACUCUGAAGUACGCUAACCGGGCGCGGAACAUCAAGAACAAGGUGAUGGUGAACCAGGACAAAGCCAGCCAGCAGAUCAGCGCUCUGAGGACCGAGAUAGCCCGGCUGCAGAUGGAGCUGAUGGAGUACAAGACAGGAAAGCGAAUGGUGGGUGAAGAUGGGAUGGAGGGCAUCAACGACUUGGUCCAUGAGAACUCAAUGCUGCAGACGGAGAACAACCACCUGAGGGUGAGGGUGAAGGCCAUGCAGGAGACCAUCGACGCUCAGAAGGCCCGACUCACACAGAUCCUCAGUGACCAGGCCAACCAGGCUCUGGCUAAAGCAGGUGAAGGUAAUGAAGAAAUCGGAAACAUGAUUCAGAAUUACAUCAAAGAAAUCGAGGAUCUCAGAGCUAAACUUCUUGAAAGCGAGGCGGUGAGCGAGAACCUCAGGAAGAACCUGUCCCGAGCCUCCACUCGCUCCUCGCUGUACGGAGGCCCCGGCUCCUUCUCCAUGCUCGCCCCUGAGAACGAGGCCAGUGACGUCAUCACGAUGGCCAAGAAGGACUUGGAGAAACUCAAGAAGAAGGAGAGGAAGAAGAAGAAGAGCGUCAUCAAAGAAGAAGGCCCCGACAAUGACCAGGAGCAGGGAAAUGAGGAGGCAGAUGUGGAGGGCAGCGAUCACGAAGAAGGCGAGGAGGCCGACGGAGAGGAGGAGGACUUUGAGAUGGCAGGAGAGGAGACGUCCGAUGAGUCUGACUCUGAGGAGCUGGAAGAGAAAGAAAACGUCCAGGCCGACCUGGCCAACAUCACCUGCGAAAUCGCCAUCAAGCAAAAGCUGAUCGACGAGCUGGAGAACAGCCAGCGGCGACUUCACACGCUCAAACAGCAGUACGAGCAGAAGCUGACGAUGCUGCAGAACAAGAUCAGAGACACGCAGCUGGAGCGGGACAAGGUGCUGCACAACAUGGGUUCGGUGGAGUCGGGUACCGAGGAGAAGGCCAAGAAAAUCAAAACCGAGUACGAGAAGCGGCUGAGCUCCAUGAACAAGGAGCUGCAGAAGCUCCAGUCGGCUCAGAAGGAGCACGCCCGGCUGCUGAAGAACCAGUCGCAGUAUGAGAAGCAGCUCAGGAAACUCCAGCAGGACGUGACCGAGAUGAAGAAGACCAAGGUGGUGCUCAUGCGUCAGAUGAAGGAGCAGCAGGAGAGGAACAGGGCCUCAGAGUGCAGGAGGAACAGGGAGAUCGCCACUCUGAAGAAAGACCAGCGCAGAGCAGAGCUCCAACUGAGGCAACUGGAGGCGCAGAAGAGACAACAGGAGUUGAUUUUGCGCAGGAAGAACGAGGAGGUGACAGCUCUCAGGCGGCAGGUGAGGCCCGUGUCUGGAAAGGUAAACAGGAAGGUGAACUCACAUGAGCCUCCACAGGAGCCGUCACAUCGAGCCACACCGGGGAGGCUGCAGACCUCUGGAGCGUCACAAUCCAACGGAGCCAGGAGUUCCCCAGUGCGGAUGGGAAGUAUCUACCUAAACAGAACAGCAAGGCAGAAAUGGCAGUCACUGGAGAGACGCGUCAGUGACAUCAUCAUGCAGAGGAUGACCAUCUCUAACAUGGAGAUAGAGAUGAACCGCCUGCUAAAGCAACGCGAGGAGCUGACCAGACGGAGGGAGAGAGUGUCCAGAAAGAGAGAGAAGACGGCGGUGGACGGUGCAGACGCUGACCGCUCCCUGGCCUCCAUGAACGAGGAGCUGGAGUCUCUGAGCGCCAACAUCGACUACAUCAAUGACAGCAUCGCCGACUGCCAGGCUAACAUCAUGCAGAUGGAGGAGGCCAAGGAGGAAGGAGACACUGUGGACGUCACGGCUGUGAUCAGCUCCUGUAACUUAUCCGAGGCUCGCUUCCUGCUGGACCAUUUCCUGACGAUGGCCAUCAAUAAGGGUCUGCAGGCGGCGCAGAAGGAUUCCCAGCUGAAGGUCAUGGAGGGCAGGCUGAAGCAGACGGAGAUCAACAGCGCCACCCAGAACCAGCUGCUGUUCCACAUGUUGAAAGAGAAAGCUGAGAUCAACCCGGAGCUGGACGCCCUGCUGGGCAGUGCUCUGCAAGAAAAUGGAGAUGACAGCAGUAGUGAUGAAUCUACGCCAAGCCCAGCAACAGAGGGCAGUUCACUUGCAUCGGAUCUGUUGAAGUUAUGUGGUGAAUCCAGACCGAGGAAUAAGGCUCGAAGGCGGACCACUACGCAGAUGGAGCUGCUCUAUGCCAGCAGUGGGGAUCUGUCCCAUGAAUCUCCCACCGGAGACUUCCCGGCCCCCUUGCUGCCCCUUACAGAGGGUCUGGAAGGGCCGCUGGACAUGCAGGGUCGUGCGGGAGGUCAAACCCCUGACCGCGAGCAAACCCCAUUUGCACCGUCUGCCAGGCCAGCUGGCAUAUCUGGGUCUAGGUCACCCACAAGGACCGAGAGGAGGCAGCUGGAGCGCUCGCCCCUCAACCGAAGGAAGAUGCCAGACAAAGGAUUGACAGCAACACACAUCCCAGCACCUGCACACACACCUCCUGUCAGCACGGCAGAAACCAAACCCAAAGGCAGCGACUACAAAACCCUGUUGGACGAGUCGCCUAUAUUUGAAGGCCAUAGGGGUGUGAUCAACCCAAUGACGGCCUCUAAGAACAGCCGGGGGGCCAAACUUCAGUGUGUGUUCGUAGCUGAGGGCCACACCAAGCCAGUCCUCUGUGUGGAUGCUACUGAUGAUCUGCUCUUCACGGGAUCCAAAGAUCGGACAUGUAAAGUCUGGAACUUGGUGACUGGUCAGGAGAUCAUGUCUCUUGCAGAUCAUCCCAGCAGUGUUGUCUCAGUCAAGUACUCCUCUAGUCUCGUCUUCACUGUUUCCACUGCUUACAUCAAAGUCUGGGACAUUCGGGAUUCUGCCAAGUGUAUUCGCACGCUUACGUCCUCAGGCCAGGUGGGUCCAGGCGACACCUGUUCCUCAGUCAGGAGUUUAACCAUCCCACCAGGAGAGAGCCAGAUCAACCAGAUCGCUCUCAACCCGUCCGGCUCCUUCCUUUACGCUGCUGCAGGCAACUCUGUACGCAUGUGGGACCUCCGCAAGUUUGUGUCCACAGGGAAGCUGACUGGACAUUUGGGACCUGUCAUGUGUCUGACUGUUGAUAAGUUGGGUAAUGGACAGGAUGUUGUGCUCACUGGAUCCAAAGACCAUCAUGUUAAAAUGUUUGAGGUGGCAGAAGGGGCUCAGGGCAGUAUCAGCUCCAGCCACACGUUUGAGCCCACUCAUCAGGAUGGCGUGGAGUCCUUAGCCGUGCACAGAGAUGUCUUCUACAGCGGCUCCAGGGACUAUUAUAUCAAAAAGUGGGACUUAGCAAGUAAACAGCUGCUGCAGCAGUCGGCCAGCGCUCAGGCAGACUGGGUUAGCGCUCUGGGCGUGGUGCCAGGCUCCCCGGUGCUGCUCAGCGGAUGCAGGGGGGGGCUCCUGCGCCUCUGGCACGCCAACACACUAGCACCCCUCGGCGAGGUCCGGGGACACGACAGUCCCAUUAAUGGCCUGGCCACCAACAGCAGCCAACUGUUUACUGCCUCCGAUGACCGCACAGUGAAAAUUUGGGAAGCUAAAGGAUCUCUGGAGGAAGGAGUCCACUGACAUCUGCUUCCUGAUAAUCAAGACGUGGCCCUGCUUGUGGGUAAUGUCCGCUGGCCUCCUUCCCAUCAAAAUCAAGCCUGCAAACUGUGGAUUGGAUCCCAAAGUGGGUCAAGGGAGUGAUUUUUUUUUCAGGUCAAGAUAGAGCUCCGAGGAUCACAGGGCAGCCGCAGUGAGCUGCACCUUUCAUAACUGUGACAGAAGAUAAUGACAACCAAUUUAUGGAUUUUAUGGAUCCGUUCUUAUUGAUCCAGGAGUCUGUCCUCAGCUUUCAACAUUCCUCUCCUCAGUUCAGCUCAACACAACAUGGAUACUGUCUAUUCUGACACAGAAUUUUCUGUACAGCUGCUGUUUCCUCGCACCAAUUGUUGAACAUAAAAAACUGCGACUGCUGGAAAAAGCUUUUGAAUCAUCUGUUCACCAGCAGUGUGAGUCUGUACCCGUGUUGAAGGUGUCUAUUUGUGUGUGUAUUUGCUGUAACCAAGGACAAAAUAACUACUGAAACUACAUUUGUACGUGUUCUUUAGCUGUUACUGCCGAAGAAUGAACCCUUAGUAGGACAAAAAUGGCCUCAACAAAUAUUGUAAUUUCCAUAUUUUCCAAAUCAAAGUUCCUUUUUUUUAUCAGGGUUAACUCAGACGUGUUUAUGGACACAAACAUUCUGAUAUUAAUUAAAUUAAAUAUCAAAAAAGCCAGUCACCUUUUAUGGGUUUACCUGUGUUUAAAAACCUGCAUACCCCCACUAGAUUAGGUGUCAAAGUGGAGUGAGACACUACUAUGUAAACAGCAUUUCUUAAUUACCUUUAAGGUCAUACUGGGAAUAGGCAAUAACCGGAUUAGGACGAUAAUUCUGACUGGUCGUAUUAUAAAGACAUUUGUACGUCUUUAUCGCUGGAAAACAUCCUAUUGAAGUUUUCACAUUUAAUAAUUUGUGACACUCAUAUAGUAGUUACAAGCUUCUUGAUGAAGCAUGUCCUGGGUUCAAAUUUUUGAGGUUUUGAAAAGAGGAAAAGUUGACGCUUUAUCGUAUUUGGCAUAUGGUUGCAUAGUGCAUUAUACUUCUUUAGGCAGGGGUAAAAUAAUGGUAGGAAUUUCAGAGUCAUAAUCAGACUCUGCUCUGUAACAAGAGCAAUUAUAUGAAUGGAAUAUUCAAUUAGUAAUUAUGUAAACGUCAUAAUCAGAAAAAUGUCUAAUUCAGAAUAAGGUCAAUAAUCAGCUUAUUAGUGUCAAUGUAAACGUAGUCACUGUGUUACCCUGCUGACUGACAGGGUCGCUAUAAAAAAUGUGUAUUACGGUCAAGCAAUAUUCCUACAUGCUUCCAAGCAGUGACUACAGAAAAGACUGGAAGAUCCGUCUGGGCUUUUCUAAGAAAAACCUCUUCCAAGUCAACCCGCUUUUUAUCUGCAAAUUGUCUUAUCGUUAAAACGCAGAUAGUUGCUGCUCCAUCCAGAUUCAAAUGUGUUUCCCCAGCUUUUGUACCUCGGAGCAAGGUAAACACUGUUUUCCUCUUUGUCAGCAGUGUGUUGUCAUCAGUCGGCUGGGCUUCUGCCCUCAGUAUUCUCUGGUUGAUGCACACACAGUUUUUGUACCUUUUCCAUAUGUUUAAGUAGUGUUUACUUUCCCUGUGCUCUCCCGUCUGCUCACUCCCCUCUGGCGUCUCGGAGUUGCGUCAUAAGCCCACAUACUCUCCCCUCCUGGGUUUUGAUUCAUCAAACAUAAAGAUUACCUGCUGAAUUUUUAAGUUCUCAAAACUGAAGUACAGCCAUGGCAGCAAGUGCUUUUAGGAAGACGUUUGCUGGAUUCAUAUAUCACGUAGAUUGACGAGCAGCUGUUAAAAAUCUGAAUAAUGUGAAUGUAAAUCAUUCGCGUUGUUUUAACCAAGCACCUUGUAACUCCUAAAUGUCAUGGAGUAUAUUUGUAUUUUGUGAAAGCAUCUGUCCGUGAAAGGUGUGUGUUGGUGUGUUUGUGUGUGUGUUUCAAUCCAAAUGAUGUGAUAAGUUCUGUCCGUGUAGAGCGGCUUCUCACCUCUUCUGUCCUUGUGUCUCUAACAGCUGAGCAGCUCAAAACAUCAGUCUUUCAAUUUGAGUUUAAAAAAAAAAAAGAAACCCUACUAUUUAUUUAUUUUUUGUCAUUGAUUAUUGAUUUUUGCUUCUUGCUGUUGUGUCUUCCUCAUCAUUCAGAGAUCUCAUUCCCAUCCAAUGCCUCUGGUAUCAAAGCAUCGUAGACAUCACAGCAAUUAUGGGAUGGGCUUCUCCAUAAUCAGAAGUGAAUUAUCCAGUGCCUGUCGUAAAUCCUAAAUUGUAGGAAUGUAGAAAUGUGCUACAGUAAUUAUCCCAGUGAGAACAAAUGGGUUAAAAGUAUUCUUAAUUCAUGAUGAAAAUUAAUGAUCCUUCGAAUUGCAGUUAUGUCUUAUUAUGAAAUUUGUAAAUCUUGGCUUGUGUGUAAAUACAAUUGUGUUAAUUUCCUGCUGAUUCUGUUUCAAUCUAAUUGUUUUUUUUGAAAUAUCAGCUGCAGUGUGAAAAUAGAUUUUAAAAUA